UCGUGCCCUUAACCUUGCAUGUGGAACGGAGGGUUUGCAUUUGGACGGCUUGGUUAUUCCCACCGGUGCAAUGUCUCUUGUUACCGAUGCGUUUGUCUCACAGAUUGCAGCUGUCGAACCUUGGCCUGGAAAUGCUGCACUCUAUCAGCCGAUGAAAAGUGAACAGGUUUUGCUGUCUGAUAAUGCGUCAUGUCUUGCUGUUCAGGCCUUUCUAAAAAUGUGCAAUCUGCCAGUCCAGGUGGUUUGUAGGGCAAAUGCAGAAUAUAUGUCUCCAUCUGGAAAAGUUCCUUUUAUCCAUGUUGGGAAUCAAGUCAUAUCAGAGCUUGGGCCAAUAGUUCAGUUUGUCAAAGCCAAGGGUCAUUCCCUUAGUGAUGGGUUGGAUGAAGUCCAGAGAGCCGAGAUGAAAGCAUACAUGGAAUUGGUCAAUAAUAUGCUCCUGACAGCAGAGUUAUAUAUUCAGUGGUGUGAUGAAGCUACACUAGAGGAGAUUACUCAGCCUCGGUACAGCUAUCCCUACUCUUGGCCACUCAACUACUUUCUGGUCUUCCAAAGAAAAUGGGAGAUAAAACGAAAGAUGAAGGCCAUUGGUUGGGCUACAAAGACCCUGGAACAGGUAUUUGAAGAUGUUGAUCAGUGCUGCCAGGCCCUCUCUCAAAGAUUAGGCACACAGUCCUAUUUCUUCAACAAACAACCCACUGAGCUGGAUGCUCUGGUAUUUGGACAUCUGUUCACAAUACUUACUACGCAGCUGACGAAUGAUGAGCUUCAAGAAAAAGUGAAGAACUAUAGCAAUCUGAUUGCCUUUUGCAGAAGGAUUGAACAACACUAUUUUGAAGAUCAUGAUGGCUCCAUAAGUUCCUCUAUAAAACUAUCAAAGGGGCCCACACUUCCAUAGCAGCUCCUCAUUGUAACCUUUUGCUGGAAGCCUGGAACCUCAGAAUAACAAUCAAAUUAAUAGUUUGGUAAAAUUCCCUGUAUGUAAAUUAAAAAAAUCCCAUCCCUGUCCUCAUACGAUGUUCUCAGUUUCACACAAAAGACCCACAUCUGCAUUGUAAUAAAAGUAAGACAACUGUAUGGAGACUACAUUUCCUUGUCUUUGAUGUUGUCCAGGGCCCCUGACUAAGCCUUGUACAGAUGUAAUAAACAGAGACUUCAGAGCUUCACAUUGAAAGAACAAAGCAGAGGUCAUUUGCAUUGCACAUUGAGGAUUAUCAUGCUAGUUACAUGAAGCAGCAAGUCAGAGUCCAACUACUGUUCUUUUGCUUUUAACAAGCGCACACUCUGAAAAUCUGUGUGUUAACAAGGUGAUUAGUCCCUGUAACCCAUUAGCAUUCCAAAGAUGUUACUCCUUAAAGUCAAAUGUCCCUGCACAGUUAAGGCCAUAGGGUAAAAAAGCUUUUCUUUUAUUCAGACUGUUUUCAGAUCCAUGUUAAGCCAAAGGUGCAUGUAAAAUUGUUCUGCUGGCAUAUUUCAUCUGGUAGAGAAACUAGAAGAUGUAUGAGCAUUUCUCUACCAGUUGACAUAUGCUGGUGGCAGAAUGUUGUGUGAUUUCCUGUGGGUGGCAAAACACCCAAAAUUGCCUUGCCAUAAACUUCCAUAGGAAUCCCUUUUACCCUCCGUGUCAGUGCACCCAUGGGCAGGUGAUCACUUGAAAUCUCUCAGGUGGCCAGACAAUUGAAUUCAACUCUUAUCAUAUUGCUAAGGCUAGGCAUAUGUCGUGCAUACAAUAAACAGAGUGGAAGACAAUGGCAAAAAAAAAAAAAAA